AUGGAGGUGCGCCUUGACAUUGCAGAGGACGCGCUAAAAGUAUUUGUUGCGGCGCUGCAGUGCUUGGCUCAGGUUGGAAAGGAGUUGUUUAUCGAAUGUGAUCCAGGAUCCAGUCGUCUCACUUUACGCGCUCUGAAUGAUGCACACUCGGCUUCUGGUCAGGUGACGUUAGACCGAACAUUCUUUUCCGAGUCGCAUGGCUGUUGUAUUACCCUCCACGACACCGAGAUUUCAACAGCGGAGAUGCUGAAGGCGCGAUUUGAUGGUCGAACACCUUAUUUGAAGUGUAAAGUAUUUGCCAAGUCAUGCUGCAAUGUAUUUCGUACACUCAAGCAUGUGCAGAGUGUACAAUUAGCGCUGCUUGUGGACCAAGAAGCACUGGAGCAAGCAGACGCUAGUCAAAAAGAUGUCUCCCAAAGCAGCGACAUAGACGAAAUAGACCUUGACUGCAUAGAGCUACGCUGGCGAUUGCGAUGUGAUUUCGAGAUUACUAAGACACACCACAUGAAGGUGCAAUCGUGCCAGAUUUUGCGCGCUGUCUUUGACAAAGACACAAGUCCAAGUCGAUGGAGAACUAGACAGCAUCAUUUAAGCUCAUUGCUGGCUCACAUUCAUCACAGCGGUGAAGUGAGCGUCACAUGUUUACCGACUCACGUCAAAUUUGAGAGCCACUUUUCCAGUAUUACAGCUAGUAAGGCCCAGCUACAGACAGAAACAGCAGUAGAGAGUGCUGAAUUCAGCGAGUAUAUUCUCCAGCCAGUGAGCACUAGCAUUGAUUCAUCGGCACAGUUGAUUUUCUGCAUCAAGGAGGUUCGGGCACUCCUUUCUUUCUGCAAGACAAGCGAUGUGCUCGAAGUAUCAUUUUACUAUAGCUCAAGUGGCAGUCCAGUUUUAUUUGAGGCCGAGUCAACGUCUAUGGCAAAAUUUUCUAUUGAAAUGGCAUUGUCGACAGUGACGGCAUUUCUACCUGCGUCAUCGCAAGAAAAAAGUGAAGAGGAAGCCGUGAUACAUGCAGACGGUACCGUCCGCAUCAGCCAGACACAAUCGAUGUCUCAGUCUUCGUCGCAGGAAAUUCCGCGACAUUCGACUCACACCAAACGUUUGCGCAUAGAUUAA